AUGGAGAACAUCCAGCUAGAGGUGAUGGGCUCGCUAAAGGUGCCGCCAGCCUGCAGUCCUGAGCAGGACAGGCACUACCCGUUCAGGUACUGGCUCACGGACGUGACCAUGUGGGCGGCGGCGGCGGCUCGGACGGUCUUGCCCGAGCAGCAGAGCCCGGCGGUGGCCUUGCGCUUGGGCGGUGCCGCUCGCAGCUUGGCCAGGGAGAUCCCGCAGGACCAGCUGCGCGACGGCGCCUUCGUGGACCCUGGCGACGGCAACGGGGCGCGCCAGCUGAACGGCUUGCAGAUGCUGCUGCUGGUGCUCUGGCGCUCGUUCGCGCCGCUGGGCGAGGAGUCCGAGCUGAGGGCGACGCAGGACUUGCUGAGCUUCACGAGGCGCGGCCACGAGAACAUCGACCAGACGCUGAGCAGGUUCGAGGUCGUGCGAAGGCGUGCGGCUACCCUCGGCAACUUCAACAUGGGCCCGCAAGGGCUGGCUUGGACAUUGCUCAACGCCCUGAACUGCAGCCCGCAGGAGUGGAACGAGCUGCUCAUCCACUUCAGGGGCCACCUGCCGCGGACGGAUCAGCAGUUCUCGGAUCUGGUGGAGUACAUCAGGAGGUACGGGCACGUACUGGAGAAAGGCCCGAUGUCCAUCAACCGCGGCGGCAACAAGGGCAAGGGCGGCCACUUCUUCUACCCGACGUUCGACUUCGGCGGUGGCGGCCCUCCUCAAGGGCAUGAUGGACAUGGUGAUGCUGGUUUCGGCACUGGUGCGGGUAUGAUGGCAGCGACGUUCCAGUCCUCAGCGUCGGCUUCGGGGUCAGGCUGGACACCAUCCAACUCGUGGUCGCCUACGCCAGCGCCCGCCUCAGCACCGGCGCCAGCUCCUCCGGGCUCCUGGAGCGCCUACCUUGGCAAUGCGACGGAGGAGAACGACACCGACACGGACGACAAUGAUGGUGAGGACUUGGACGGCAGCGAUUCCCCGGGCACCGUCGGCCACGACGAUGACGUGAUCCAGCAAUACCUGUACCAGAACUACGCGUUCCGCAAGAAGCGCUGGAGAAGGUUCACGGGCCGCCCGACGAGGUACCAGCGCUUCGGCAAGAGCCAGGGCAAAGGCUCGCUGAUACCCUCUCGGGGAGCCUUUGGCCAGCGCGGCGGCGAGGGCUACCACUUCGAGGGCAAGGGCAGGCGCAACCCGAUCGGCCGCGACGGCAAGGUCACGAAGUGCUUGACCAAAGGCUGCGAGAGCGAGUUCCACUUGAUCAAGGACUGCCCGCGCAAGCAGAACGGCAAGGGUGGCAAGGGCGGCAAGGGCGCGUUUAUCGUGGACGGUCCGAAGCUGCUGACAGCGGCGAGCGCUGGUGUUCCGUGGUUCGGCUUCAACGCCGGCGCAGCUUCGAGUCCGACGACGGCGAUGGCGACAUCGGCACCCACGUGCGGAUCAGGUUCGAUCAGCUUCUUUGCGACGGAGACCUCAAGCGAGAACGCGCCGAAGGCCAUCGAGAGCAAGGCGAGAGUGACAGGCUCGCAGGGGUUCACUGGAGUGGUCAUUGCACCGGCUGUGGCAAAGCCGAAGAUGGCGAUCGAAGACCAGUACGACCACAUGCAUCCUGGGAGCCACCCUCGACCCCGAGUGGGUAAGCUUCUUCGGCCAUUUGAAAGCGUCGCGAAGGCUCCUGGACUCGAUCGUGAUGGCCCGGCCUACGGCCUCGACCAGAUCCUUGGUCUAUCGGCCAUGUCGGCGGCGUCGGGAUCCGCCAGCGCCGCCGCAGGUACCAGGUCUCACAGCCAUGGCGUCAUCUCCUGCGACGGCACCAUCAGCAUCACCGACGGCGGCCGACAUCUUCGGGACACAGCCGAGACAGGAGGUCUUCAACAUAGGUGGCUUGAGCUUCUCUUCGGCGACCCCGUCGAAACCUACGACAGCAACGCCGCCGACGUUCAGGACGGAGCAGGACCUCAGGGGGCCGAGAUCGAGCAGGAGAUCGACCGGUCCACGUUCGACCCGGAGGUGGAAUCAUACUUCAUCGGCGACGCGGUCGGCAGCGCAGAGGUUCACGACUGCGACGAGAAGACCGAGUACGACCCCGAGGAGAUGGAGUGCAUGGAUCCGAAGGGCCACCAGGAGGACCUAGAGAGCCAGGACGCGGACGCGAAGGGGGAGAUCCAGCGCGAGGGCUACGACGAGCACGCGGGCGUGUACUUUGCAGACGGUAACGAAGGAGACUUUCGCGGCGUAGUCUGGACGCUGGACGUGCAGAGCAAGACGCACUACCUGGGCCACGAGAGGACUAGGCUCGAGAACGACGAGAUGGGCAUCCUGAUAGACUCAGGUGCGCACGGCAACUUGAUGGGCGAGAACUGGGCCAAGCAGCAAGCAGAUAAAGCAGCACGACAUGGACAUGCCACACAAGUAGCACCACUACGAGAACCACUUGAAGCUCAUGGAGUCGGAAAGGGCCCAGACUACUGCCAUGAGAACUGGAAGCUGCCGAUAGGGGCACAGGAGAUCGAGCAGGAGGAGGACGGCGUCGGUAACCUGGACUCGUACACGGCCCCGGUCAUACCAGGCAGCGACGUCCCCGCGCUGCUCGGCAACAGCUCGAUGAAGGGCUUGGACGCGAUCAUCGAGUGCGGACCUGGAAUACUACAUCUCUGCGGACCUGGACGGCGCAAGUUGGAGCUUCCCGCGGGCGCGAAGAGCUACGACCUGAAGGGCACGAGAAGCGGACAUUGGUCUCUACCGUGCUCCGAGUUCAAGGAAGCGGCUGCAUCUUCUUCGAGUGGGACAGGCUACCCGAUCGACAGGCUGCAGCCGAAGACCGAGCGCGUGGACUUCAUAGAGCAGCUGCUGGACGCCAUGAGGCGACGCCGCAUCAACUUCAAGUACUUGGUCAUCGACUCGGCAAGUUCCAGCUACUUUGGGCAGAUCUUCCAGGACGACGAGGAGCUGAACGAGGACAGCGACCACAACAGCGACUACGUAGUCUUGCGGAGUGUGUUCGAGCUCAAGUGGCUGGAGGCGGAGCUGUCAUGCUAG